UUUAAAAUACUUUUCUUUGAUUUCAAUAUGUGAAAGUUUACAUGCUGAUUUAAUUAGUGCACCAAAGUCAGCAUCGAAUGGCUUCGGACUUAGCUGCCAAAUCAUGACAGAGACUGUGUUAGGAAAGACACCCAUGCUGAAGUUAAGGAUGGAUAGAAAGCGCACGGGGAUUCAGAAGGUACUAGACUGGAAUCAGUUUAGCAGCCUAGAAAUGGAGACAUUAUAUCAGCGAUACGUCUUCAAGAUCCAGCAGUCCGCUAUGAUGUGUAUGGCUCUUCUAUUUACUGUCUUAUGUCUCAGCUUGGCUGUACUGACCACGGCAUUUGUCAGAAAUUAUACAGUCUACAGCUUGUUCUUGUAUGGCGAAGGCUUGAUAUUUUUCAUCUUCUUUAUCGUGAUGAAAAGCAACUUGAUGAAAGAGCAACACUUCAUGGCCGUGAACUACGUUUUCCUUGCAUUUGUGACAAUUCUGGGAGUUGUGAGUGUUCCGCUACCCUUUGGUUCACCACCUGGCUUUGAGGAUCAUAAGUUGAAUAUGGCUGACGGUGCUUGGGUUGUUGCCUUUGUAAUAUUUAAUAUAUACGCCCUGACCCCUCUCCAGACUUUGCCUAAGUGUAUCUUAGGAGGAUCUAUUCCUCUGGUUCAUCUGGUGGUGUCUUCACAAACGUGUAAUCAGCUUCCGGAUUUACUUUGGCGGCAGGUGAGUAUUGUUGU